AAUAAUCAAACUUUUUUAUUAUUUUUUAUUUUUUAGUCUAAACAUAAAACAAAAGACAAUAAUUAAAAUUUAAAAUUCCUAUUUGCUCCCUCACCAGUCACUCCCCAUUCUCCUUCUAACUCAUUCCUCUGUUUGAUUCAGACAUGGGCACCCUUCCCAAUUCCUUCUCCCUCUUCUCUCUCUUUUUCCUCUUCACCGCCGUCUCUCCGGCAGCCCCCACCACCUACCACCGACCUCUAAACCUUAUCCUAACCCACCCUUUAAAGGAAACUGUUUUUCUUGCUUCUUCUUCUUCUUCUCCUCCCCCACCACCUCUGUUUAUUCCCUCUGCUCCACCCCCCGAGGAGAAGCCGGUCUACUCUCCAUUCCGGCCGAGCAUGGCGGUGGUGGUGGGUGUCCUGACCACCACUUUCUCCAUUACUUUCCUUCUUCUUUUAUACGCCAAGCACUGCAAGCGUGGGAAUGCGGCGGUGGUGGUCGGUUACUCGAUGCGUCCCAAUACGAUGAUGGGUGUUCCGAGCUUCUCGACGAGGAAGAACUCUGGCAUCGACCAGACUGUUAUCGAAUCGUUACCGAUUUUCCGAUUUGGGUCGUUGAGUGGACAGAAGGAAGGCCUGGAAUGCGCUGUUUGUUUGAACAGAUUCGAGCCGACGGAGGUUCUGAGACUUCUUCCGAAAUGCAAACACGCUUUCCAUGUUGAAUGUGUCGAUACUUGGCUCGACGCUCACUCCACUUGCCCUCUCUGUCGCUACAGAGUCGACCCGGAGGACGUGUUAUUAGUUGAAGACGUCAAUAUCUUUCUUCACGACCAACCACCUCCACCACCUCAGCCGCCGCCGCCGCCACCACGGGAAUCGAAUUCCAAGGAUGUAGUGUUGAACUUAGAACAGGGGAGAAGAAGCGGCAAGGCUGGAUCCGGGAGAGUCUCCGGUAGACACUCGUCAGUGGGCGAGAAGAGAACAGGGGAGUCCAGUUACCGUGAUCCAGCAUUGUUGAGACGGUCACUCGACAGCAAGAGAACCGAAACGGUGUCUGUUGGGUGCUUCGAUCGGCACCGAAAAGACGGGUUACUUUUGCCGGAGGAGAAAACAAAUCAAAAUCAGAAUCAGAACAGAUUGGAGCACAGGAUCAUAGUGUCGCCGAAGGUGCCGGUGGUGGAGAGAUGGAGCGAUGUCCAAGGUUCGGAUCUGUUGUAUCUACGGUCAGAAAUGAUAAUAUCCGACAGCCGGAGAUUUUCAGUAGCUUCAUUACCAGUAGAAUUAAAGAGACAGCGACGGAUGGGGAUGAUGGGGAAGCAUGCCGGAAAAGGGACCGGAUGAUGAUGAUGGCAGAUGGUGUAAUAAAUAACAGUGUCAGAUUCAGAAAUCACGGAUGAACGGACAUAACUCAAAGCUCCCACAAGGUUCUAGAACAGAGCAACCCAAAAAGAAAAAUCUAAAACAAAAUAAAAAACAGACCGACCCAUUGACCAUUACAACUUUUCUGAACCAACCCACCAUUGAUAUCCUAAUUAAGAGAAGAAAGGGACAGGUAAACGACGGCGGUGGCGGCGGCGGAGGGAAGGGGAUAGGAACAAAAGUAGAACAGUGGAAGGGGAGGAGAAAUAGAGGGGGAAUUUUGAUUGAUAUGUUAAAAAGAUAGAAAUAAUUUAGAGUUCUUUUUAUUUAUUUUUUGUUUUUGGUAGGGAAAAUAGUGUAGGAAUAACGAACCUAAGGUUUGUUUUUGGUUACAAAACCAUCUUGUCCUAACUCAGCUUUUGGUCUCUAUGAUGUGCUCUGUGUGAUGCCAUUGCUUUUCCUUUCAAUUCAUUCAUCCACUUUCUUUA